AUGCCCAGCGACCCCUGCUGGCCGACCACAAGUGAAUGGUCUCAAUUCAACUCGACUGUCGGCGGGCGACUCAUCAAGACGGUACCUCUGGCCGCGCCGUGUUUUGACCCCAACUACAAUGCCACCGAGUGUCAGUAUCUGCGGGACGAGUGGACGCAGCCCGCGUUGCAUGAUGCUUCUUCCUCGUCAAUCAUGGCUGCGGCCGUGGCCAACGAGAGCUGCGACCCUUUCGCAGCAGCCACCGGAACUUGUGAUCUGGGAAACAUGGUAUCCUAUGCCGUGAACGUCUCGUCGCCCGCAGAGAUUGCCCAGACCAUAGCCUAUGCCGCCGAGAAGAAUAUUCGACUUGUCAUUCGCAACACUGGACAUGACUACAUGGGCAAAUCCACCGGCGCAGGUGGCCUCUCGAUCUGGACACACCACCUCAAGAACAUCACCGUGCACGAAUACUCCUCCUCUCACUACACAGGACCCGCCGUCACGAUCGGCGCCGGCGUACAAGGGGAGGAAGUCUACGCGGCCUUACACAAAUCAAACCUGGUAGUCGUCGGGGGCGAAUGCGCCACCGUAGGACCCGCCGGGGGCUACACCCAGGGCGGGGGCCACUCAGCCCUAAGCAGCCGAUACGGGCUGGCUGCCGACCAGACGCUGGAGUGGGAGGUGGUUGAUGGACAAGGGAGACAACUACGUGCCUCGCCGACCGAGAACCCAGACCUCUACUGGGCGCUCAGCGGCGGCGGGGGCGGGACGUACGGGGUGGUCACCUCGAUGACGGUCAAGGUGUUCCCAGACUUCCCGACGGUGGGGGUGGUCCUCGAGUUCGCGGCGGACGCGAGCGAUCAGGACCCCUUCUACCAAGCGGUGGAGUACUACCACUCGCUGGUGCCCAGCAUCACCGCGGCGGGGGGCAUGGCCAUCGCGCGCGUGAUGAACGCCUCCUUCCUGCUCACCCCGCUGACCCUGCCCAACGCCUCGCUGCAGCGCGCGCUCGACCUGCUGAGCCCGCUCACGGCCAAGCUGGACUCGCUGAACAUCACCUACGCGAUGAACCUCACCCACUCCCCCUCGUACGUGGAUCACUACAACACCCUGAUCGAGCCCAACCCCACCCAGCUGGUCGAGAACGGCCAGUACGGCGGCAAGCUGAUUCCGCUGGAGGUCAUUGAGAAGUCGAACGCCAACCUCACCGCCGCGGUGCGCAGCAUCACCCAGGACGGCGCCGUCUUCGUCAGUAUCGCGUUGAACGUCUCGGCCGCCGUGACGGGCCCGACCAACAAUUCUGUCCUGCCCUCGUGGCGCACGGCGGCGAUGGACGUUAUUUUGUCGACGUCCUGGCCCGAGCACGCCAAUCUCGGCAAGAUGAAGCAGCUGGCCGACCAGAUGACCCAGAAGUGGGUGCCGACGCUGGAGGCCCUGACCUCGGACCCCGGCUGUUACAUGAACGAGGCCGACCCGCAACAGCCGAACUGGAAGGAAGCCUUCUACGGACCCAACUACAACCGCUUGCUAGCCAUCAAGAAGCAAUACGACCCCCAGGACUCCUUCUAUGCCUGGACGGCAGUGGGUAGUGACAACUGGGUGCAGGAGGCGGACGGUCGGCUAUGCCGGGCGAUUUCGUCUUGA